ACACAUAUAUAUAUAUAAUAUAUUAAGACAUAUAUAUGAUAGGUAUAUUUAGAUACAUAUAUGCGACUGCACAUUCAGUCAAUAAUUUCUGAAUAAUAUACUUUCACACUAAGUUGACUACAAGAUGGACGCGCCGAGGCAACAAUCGACGUCCACCCGGUUAGCUGCCGCGUGCUCGUAUAUGAUCGUUGCAGCAUCCCUGGUGAUAUUCAACAAGGUUGCGUUAUCUACUUAUAGCUUUCCAUACCCGAAUUUGAUGGUGCUGAGUCAGCUGGUCUUUUCACUGGCCAUGCUAUUGGUGCUGAAGAAGGCCAGGGUCAUCGAAAUGGAGAAUUUCAGUCAGCAAAUUUUGUGGCAAACUCUCCCGCUGUCGUUGACAUUCAUCGUCUUCUUGGUCUGGGGAAUGAUCUCACUUCGUGGGGUGAAUAUUGCGAUGUAUACAGCCUUAAGACGAGCAACGCUCAUCUUCAUCAUGGGCCUGGACUACAUUCUACAAGGGAAAGUGGCCAGUAAACAAGUGAUGGGCUGUGUCGGGGUCAUGAUGUUUGGUGCAUUCGUUGCGGCAAUUCGAGAUUUGGAAUUCGAUGCCGCCGCCUACGGGAAUCUUUUCUUUUACAAUUUCCUGACGGCACUGUAUUUGGUCCUGAUUCAAAAAGUCAAACAACAAACACGACUGAGUACAUGGGGCCUUAUGUACUACAACAAUGUGGUGUGCAUACCGUGCCUGACGCUCCUCUGCUUAUUUUUGGGGGAAUUUUCAGCUGUGCAAGAGUUCGACAGCCUGGAUGACUUUGGCUUCCAAAUAUCUAUGCUGGGCUCCAUGACCUUAGCUUUUGUGCUGAAUUACUCAAUAUUCUGGAAUACAGCCGUCAAUUCACCACUUACGCAAAGUGUGUGCGGGCAGCUCAAGGACGUGUUGACCAUCAUCAUCGGAGUUGUCGCGCUUGAGUCAGUCCCUUUCGACCCGGUUAGUGCGCUGGGUAUUGUGAUCUCGUUUGCGGGAUCUGGGCUGUACGCGAAGGUUAAAUAUGACGAGGGGCAAGAGGAGAAGAAACGAUUACCAAAAUAAGAGGGUGUAUACACAGGCACACACCUGCUUGCCAUUGAAACGGAAAGUCUGGGAUUGGAAAUCUGUAUUUCACUCUCAUUCAGGUGAAAAGCAUCGUAUCCCAAUCUAUCGUACGCUACUUUCAUUGCAUACACUGAAGUGCUGACACAUGUGUCAUCGCUCGGCUUGGUAUGUGGCCCAAGCCAAAGAUAGUAAUAGAAAUUAUUAGUUAUUUAUAUGGAGUAGAAAUUAAGUUAACACUUGUUGGAGAGAAAACAAUAUUAGCUUCCCAUAGAUCCAGAUUGCACCCUAUAUAUGCGCGGUGUAAGGUACCACAUAGAUACGUAUUGCAGAAUGGUUCUAAUGAAUAUUCCAGUGAGGUAGAAAACACGAUUGCGUUCCAGUCGAAUGUACUUGCUGUUGUCUAUUAUUCGGUCUUUGGAAAAUACUUCAGUAUAGUCUCUGCUCUUUUCAAAGAGACUAUGAUUAUAGAAUCCAUAGUAACGAUUUAGUCGUCGAGCGAGAUGCACCGGAGCAAGAGUUGGAAGACGUAGUAUGGUGUGAACGAUCAUCCAAAAUGGUAGCCUUUUGGGGAUCAUAAGUUGCCACUUAAAGCAAAUCUUCGAUUGCAGCGAUCGAAGCGCAACAGUUGUCUGAAUAUAAAUCUCUAAACUUUUGAGGUGUAUCACGUGCUCUAUAUCAUGACGCGACUCCUGGGCAAUUCCUCGCUUCAGGUCUACAUGGCUGACGGCUGACAAUCGGCUAUCACGCGUCGAGAUGAAGGACAUGAAACACAACUAUCUGUGAUCUAUAGAGUAUACUGUAUACUAAAAAACAGUGAUUGAUAAAAAGAUGCAUG